UUUGUAAAACUUGAUUGGUGAUUCGAACCACUAGCAAAACCCUAGUUCGCAUCUAAUAAAACCCUUUGCUCCUCCCUGGUCGGCGCAGAGAGAGCUGAAGAAGCCUCCCUCUCGUAUUCCCGCUUCAUAGCAACAGCAAAAACCCUAGAACUAUUAAUACUUACAACACCUAGAAACCCUUAUUAACUUCUCAUAUUCGACCAUAGUUGGGAAAGCAAGAUGACAGCUACUUCGAAGGAGGAUGAUGGAAGCAGCAAAAUCGCAUCUUUAACCCCCGAAACGAAAGAAAUACUCCAUCAAUCCAUCCUUCAUUACCUCCAUCGAAGUGGGUUCUCCAAAACCCUGAAGCGAUUUCAGUCCGAAGCUCAGAUUCAGAAUGACAUGUGGAAGUCUUCUUCGGCUAAUUUGGAAGAAAUCUACUGCAAAUUCGUAAAUGGCUGUAAUCAAGCCAAAGAUGAUAUUGAAUCCACUAAAAAAGAUGAAAAUGAUGAGAAAACCACCAAAUCCAAGAAGAAGAAGAAGAGUAAUGCUGAUGAAGAACAAUCCAAAUUCUCCAUGAGCAAUGAUGAAAUACCACAAGAUAAAGUAGUUCUUGAAGAAUCUGAACUUAAACCAAAAAAGAAGAAGAAAAGCAAACAUGAUUUAGCUUCUGAUGGUGAAACCAAAGAAGAGAAAUUAGAUGAUACAGUGAAUGAAUUGGAGGUAAAUGAACCAAAGAAGAAAACCAAGGAUAAAAAGAGUAAAAGCAACCAAGAAGAUGAACCUGCAACAAAUGACACUAAAAAUGGAGAUGUGGUUAAGGAAGACAAAAAGAGUUCAAAGAAAAGGAAAAGAUUGUUGUCCGAUGAAAAUGAGGACAACACUGAAGCUCCUAAAGAAGAAGAGGUUGUUGAAAAUGAGAAACCUGAAAAAAACGAAGGAGAAAAGUCUCAGAAAUCUGUGAAAAAGCAACGUAUUGAUUCAACAGAGCCGAAGACUAUCAAUGCAUUUCAAAGGGUGAAAAUUGACCAAGUUGAAUUCGCUCACGAGAAAUUGCAAGAUAAUUCAUAUUGGGCCAAGGAUGGUGCAGACAUCGGAUAUGGUGCUAAAGCACAAGAAGUUUUAGGUUUAGUGAGAGGAAAGGGUUUUCGGCAUGAAAAGACGAAAAAGAAACGUGGAAGCUAUAGAGGAGGUCAAAUAGAUCUACAGUCGCAUUCAAUUAAGUUCAAUUACUCUGACCAAGAGUGAGAGUUGUUGCUUCCUUGUAUUUUUUUGAUCAAUUGUAUGAACUUGAUAUUUGUAAUCAAAAUUUUGAUAUGGAAUUUUAACUUUAUUUUUGCAAAAGACCAUUCGUAUUUGUAAUCAUAUGUUAUAACUUUUAUCAAGAUAUACCUUCCGAAA